GGGCGUUGUUGCCUCUCAUCCUUGAUGGUCUCCACACCUAUGCGGCGUUUCUGUUGAGGAAAUGACAUUUUUUUGACCGAAAAGAAGCUUUCUUCAAGAUAAAACUUAUCUCUGAAAGUGACUCUAGGUCUUCUUUUGUCCAGACGUGUGAUUUUAUCACAUUGACUUCCCCAAUCUGUUAGAAAACGCCGCAUUUGUACAUCGAGUCUCGUACGUGUCAACAACAUAAGGACGAGAGGUGCCUCCACUCAAUUGACUAAAGACUGAACCGAGAUUGGCAUUGACACAAUGGCAGAUAUUGAUGAAAUUCUAGGGCUAGAGUAUAUCCAGGACUUCGACUUGGAUUUCGAUGUAAAACAAGAAGACGAUGAGGGAGCUGAGGAUUGCACCAUGUACGGUGGCAAACCGAGCUUGGGAACGACUCCAGUCGAUGAGUCCCCAAGCAUCAGCAUACCUCUCUCUUCUUGCAUCAUAAACGUGCCUAGCCCCAUGCUUCCUAAUGUGGAACUACCUUACUACACAACGUGGGAUACAGCGCUUAGCCCUGGAGGUAGUCUGUCUUCAAAUGAUUCAGUAGAAGCUAUAAUCGGUACAGCCAAUGAUCCCGGAAAAAGCGGAAGUCGCUCCGUUACCGGCGGAGCCCCGUUGAAUUCCGACCUACCCAGAUGUGACAACCAACUGAAAAAAGAGUUUACAGAUGACGAAUUAGUGUCUUUGAGCGUAAAAGACCUUAAUCGUCGAUUGCGUACUUAUACCAAGGAGGAAAUUGUGUAUUUGAAACAAAGACGAAGAACAUUAAAAAAUCGCGGAUAUGCACACAGCUGCCGAACGAAACGCAUGUUUCAGCGCCAUAAUAUGGAAAGUGAUUACACAAACCUGAGAGCUGAAGUACAACAGCUUCGAGUGGAAUUGGAAAGGACAAGACGAGAAAGAGAUGCAUACAGAACUCGUCUUGAAAGAGUAAAUGACAGUCCACCGACGUCUCCCGGCGAUUCCUCUUAGAAGACACCAACAGCAGAUCAUAACUUCUACGGAUUCCACAAAUUUUAAAAACCUGACUAACGACUAUCCAACGACAUUCAUAGUUACGUAUUUUACUCAAAGCCAACUACAAAUAGCCGUAUGUUACGUUACGACAAGACACCAAUGUUGUUAUUUUUAUUUCUCAACGAACUUGUAUUUUUUGGUAUGCUUUUCUGAGAGAGCAAAAUUUAAUUGACUGGACAGUUAAUUGGCACAAUUAAGUAUUAUUUUCAACUACAGUAUUCAUUGACUGUGUGUGUUUAUUUUGAACUCUGCCAGCGCCUGUUGUUCGUCGAUCGAUAGUGACAAAUGAACUAACCAAGUGUUGCGCAAUACCUCCAAUAUUUAUGCAAUUCGCCGAGUGCGGUUCAACAAGGUAAAAUCAGGGACACAUAAAUUAGUUUUUGUGGCGGUUUAAAACUGGCUUAAUUUGGAAACUUACUAAAGUUUGUGGAAUCCUGCGAAAUGUACUGUAAACUAAAAAAUGUGUGAUAUGAGUUGAAUGCUUAAACCAGGUAAACUCGUUAUUUUUGUAUAUAUCAACAAUCUAGGUCUAGGCCUAGGCUUGUCUAUCUAGGUUAAAAUAUUUAUAGUUUCCAUACAAGUACCGACAGUUUUUGGUAGAGCAAAUGCGUUUAUUUGAUAUUUACAAAUGGGUUGUAAAUACUAUGUUGGCCUGGUUUACCUUUCUAUGUCUAUCACACAUUUUAACAGAUUUUCGUCAGUAAUGUAUAUUUAUAAAGAACAAAUGUAUUGUUCAACGGACUGAUAAUGGAUAAAACCAUAUUUAAGUAAACUUUGACUAGUAACGGAACUAAAGAAGAAUAAGAAAAAUAAGUAACAAAAAAAAGCAACAACAUAAAACAAAAAGAGGCAUAAAAUUUUAAAAAACAUAUUUUGCUUUUAUGGGAUUUUGAAUAUUGUAAGUGAGUUUUUUGUUUAUAAUAAGUAUUGAGAUGUAAAGAGACCUUUUGAUUACUAAAAAGUAUAUGCUCACUCUAUUAAUAGGCGAUCUCAUUUUAGCUAAUAUGAAAAAAAAAUAGAAAAAUAAAAAAAAAUAAAAAAAAUAAUAAGACCAGAAAAGCCCAUUAGCUGGCCAAUUGUGGAGGUUUGCCAGCUUAUACAAUGGGCACCAAACUGGACUUUGACUAUGUCUAUGAUUUGACGACGGACACGAAACUUGUACUUUACUUUUAACUUAACCUGUAAUUUUGAUUUUGUAAAACCUGUUAAAACUCUAAAAAAAUGUAUUUUAUCAUUUCCCCCCUUUGUGAUAAUAACGACGUCAUUAUUUCCUUUGUAUUCAGUUCAAUAUUGAUACUGAAAUCCUCAUAAAAAUAUUGUUUUAUUGUUUUUUUUAAUUUGUAUCCCGUUUUAAAAAUGUAUAAAAUGUGUAAAUCUGGAUUUUACUAAUUAUUUCUCGCUAUAAUUUCAUCUAAUUUUUUUUCACCUACAUUUUGAAUGUAAUUACAGAUUUUUCUCAUUUAUUGUGGAAUAUGCAAUCCUACCUUCCUAAUUACUACUAUUUUCCAAGUAAUUAAGAGAAUGUAUAAGAUCAUGAAGAAGUUUUAACACGCAUUAAAAAUUCGUAGGGCCUAUGUUUGUAAUAGCUUACAUCAAAGGUACUACCCUAAUAUAUUUAUUGCAAUCACAAAAACAAAAAAUAUAUAUAUUAUACUAUCUAUGUUAUCUGAAUGUAUUGUGUGUGUACAUAACUCUAUGGUAAUAUUGGAAAGACAGUAUGUAAAUAGUUCUUUCUGUUGAAAAGGAACUAGCUGCAACAAAAUAUUCAUGUGGUUUUGUUUCAUGUUUCAACCUCCUUUUUUGACUUAUGAACCCGAUGAUAUAUUAAUAAAAAAUCUCUGGUAAAUGAA